AUGAAGUUCCUUGCCAUCUCUUUACCCGCCCUCGCCGGCUCCGCCCUCGCCGUUCCCUACCGGCCCCAAGCCUUCGACAUUAUGGCCCUCCGAUCAGCUAGCCCCAUCCACUUCGCUCCUCUCAGUGCUGCACAAGGUAGCUUGUUUCUUAACCUGCGCCACCAAGGUGCUACGUGUAAGGGAGCGAACAACCGCGCUACUUUUUACCUCGAUGAGUCCAAGCUGUUCCUUUACUCGGAUGGGGAUGUAGUUCAGCAGGUUUAUGUCGAUCGCUCUGGAAUGGGCCAAGGCAAGAUUGGCUACAUCACAGGUGACGCCAGGGCUCCUCGGAAUGCUGAAUUCGACGGCUGGUCUAUUGAUCCCGCCGGGAAUCUCGUUUUCCACAACAACAUUCUUCAGGCUUGCCCUGGCUCUAUAGAUGAUUCUUGGAGCGUUUGGUUGACCGAAGUUAUCAAUCCUGGAGGAAACACGGGCUGCCUGGGCUUCUCGCCACGAAGCUUGCCUAUUGAUAAACCUGUUUCGUGUGUGUACAGCUGA